AUGGAGAAGUUAAUUAGUUUCAUUCUUGUCUCUACUGCUUUAGUGAUGGUCCAGGAAAGCUGGGCCCUCGAGGACUGUCUCCGGGAGCAGGCACGACUCAGGUCCCAGGUACUUCUGCUUGAGACCCGCGUCAAGCUGCAACAGAUCAAGAUUGCUAACCUUCUGCAAGAGAACGAAGUCCAGUUCCUAGAUAGAGGAGAUGAGAACAGUAUCUUUGACCUUGGUGGAAAGAGACAAUAUGCAGACUGUUCAGAGAUCUUCAAUGAUGGAUAUGAACGCAGUGGAUUUUAUAAAAUUAAACCCCUCCAGAGUCAAGAAGAAUUCUCUGUUUAUUGUGACAUGUCUGACGGAGGAGGAUGGACGGUAAUUCAGAGAAGAUCUGAUGGCAGUGAGAACUUUAAUAGAGGCUGGAAUGACUAUGAAAAUGGCUUUGGAAAUUUUGUCCAAAAAAAUGGUGAAUAUUGGCUUGGUAACAAAAAUCUUCACUUACUGACCACACAAGGAGAAUACACUUUAAAAGUUGACCUUGCUGAUUUUGAGAAAAAUAGCAGAUAUGCAAAAUAUACACAUUUCAAAGUGGCAGAUGAAAAGAACUCCUAUGAAUUGAGCAUUGGGGGCUACUCUGGGACAGCUGGAGACUCCCUUGCAGGACAGUUUAGCCCUGAAGUUCAGUGGUGGGCUAGUCACCAAAGAAUGAAGUUCAGCACAUGGGACAAAGAUAAUGACAACUAUGAAGGGAAUUGUGCAGAAGAGGACAAAUCCGGCUGGUGGUUUAACAGGUGUCACGCUUCAAACUUAAAUGGUCUCUACUACCAAGGCUCCUACACUGCAAACACGGAUAACGGCGUCGUCUGGUAUACCUGGCAUGGAUGGUGGUAUUCCUUGAAAUCUGUCGUCAUGAAAAUUAGGCCAACUGAUUUCUUUCCAAAUAUUGUUUAA